AUGCCUCUCUACAAUGUCACCCUGAAGGAGGAGUCUCCCAUGGAGGAGCUCGAGAAGGCCAAGCAGGACGCUCAGGCUAAGGGUGGAGUCAUCAAGCAUGAAUACAGCCUCAUUAAGGGUUUCACUGUCGAAUACCCCGAUGACCAGGUCAACGCUCUCGAGUCAUCCGAACACAUUCACGUCGAGGAGGAUUCCAAGGUCUCAACUCAGUAG